AGUCACGUGACUUCAGGGUAAAACUUCAGCAGCGAUUAAACUUCGGUCUUCUGUUAAUAUUAGAAUUAUUUUGAUUUAAAGCAUGUAGUUAGUCGGGGCGUGUUGUGAUUCAAUACAACUUAAAAUAAGCUGGCGAUUUACGUCUUUAAAACAAAGCUAACUAUUGGCUAGUAGGGUUAGACCUAACCCUCUUCAUCAGCAAAUGUGUUUGUUUACGGUUCAGCUCGGCUUUUUUUGAGGACGGACGUCGUGGACAACACGACAAUGGAGGAGGCAUUAAAAGGAAAGGCCAAGAGGAGGCACUUGAGUCAAGAUGAGUGUCAUGAACUGGCACAAAGUUCAGAGGGCUCUAGUUCCCUUACCCAGCCGCACACCUUUAACUGUGGUCAGGGCAACAGUGACCCCAACAGGUGGCUUAAUCCCAGGACACCCAACAAGCUACGAAAGUGUGUGAUUUCAGAGCCUCAGGCCAAGGAUGAGGAGGAGGAGGUUGAUGAUUUCAGCCUCCUUGCUGCUGUGAUGGAGUCAGAAGCUGAGAAGGAGGAAAAGGUGGAUUACCUGGAGGGAAUUACAGCAGAGAUGUUUGGACCGGCUGAUGAAUUUGAAUGGUGUGACAGCGAUAUUCACGCCAAGGAAGAGGAGGUGGAGGCCCUUCCCGAUGGUCUUUACGGACUCCUGGGCACCAGCAAGAACCUUCUGCAACCUCAGGGCUGCAUUGAUGACCUUCCAGAGGAGGUGCUGAGGCGGGUUCUGUGCUUCCUCCCUGCCAAAGAUCUUUACUGCAAUGCUAGCCUGGUCUGCCAUCGCUGGAGGUACAUUAUCAUGGACGCCAAGUUUAUGCCCUAUAAGAAACAGUACUACCGUUACAUGAUGAAAGAGAAGAAUACAGUAUUACACAUGUGGUCCGUCCUGAAGAACAACAACAUAGCAGGCCAAGCGUCGUACAACCACAGCAUACGACACCUCGUUGUGCUGAUGGCUCAGCAUAAGGUUGGCGAGUGGGUGAGGCCCGACGAUGUCCUGGAGUGUGUUAAGAAACAUCGACUGUUUCCUCAAGCCGAAGCUUCUAUCAGAUUACGUAUGCCUGAUAUUCAGAAGUACAUUAACCUUAACACUGAGGGUCCUAACCCAUAUGCAGCCAUGGCUGUCAUAUUGAUCCUGAGCGAGUGUGUUGGUGACGUGCAGGCCCUGGCGUCUCUUCUCAGCGGCUGCCUGUCAUCCGCCAGCAUCACAGAGUAUCUCAGCCACAUGGCCAUGAUGCUGCUCGCUUUAGAGAGGAACAAGAUCCAGAUCAGUAACAGGUUGCAUUACAACAUCUUCUAUGUGCUUCACCUGAUGGAGAACGGUCCCUUUCCUGACAAAUCCACUCAGAGUCGAGUGCCAGAGAUUCAGCUCACUGGUGAACAGCAAAGGAUUAUGAACCACGACAUUCAGGCUGACCAUUUGGUGAAGAUCAUAGCUUUUGCAGGUACAGGAAAGACGUCCACGUUGGUGAAAUAUGCUGAGCAGCGGCCACACCUCCGCUUCCUGUAUGUAGCUUUCAAUAGGUCAGUGGCUUGUGAGGCACAGCGCCGCUUCUCCAGGAACGUUGACUGCAAGACUGUCCAUUCGUUGGCCUUCAGUGAAAUUGGCGUACUGUAUAGAAAUCAUAAGAAGCUGACCGCUAACGUGAAGGCAUAUUCCAUCAACUAUGUUCUGCCUAAAGGCCGAGGUGGAUUGGUUAAGGCCAAAGUGAUUUCAGUGACUCUCGAAACCUUCAUGGCUUCAGCAGACCAGUCCAUCAGCAUCCGCCAUGUCCCAAGCACCCACAUAACCAAUUCUGGCAGAAAGUUUGUCAUAACUACAGAAGAAAAAGUGUUGUUUGUCGAUGGCGCGCAAACCAUCUGGGAGAAAAUGCAAGAUCUCAAUGAGAGAAAAUUUGAAGCCUUCUAUAUGACGCACGAUGGUUACCUGAAAUUAUGGCAGCUCCAAGAUCCCAAGCCCUGCCUGUCUGACAAAUAUGAUGUCAUUUUCAUCGAUGAGGCCCAGGACUGCAAUCCAGCCACCAUGGAUGUGCUGCUGUCUCAGCAGUGUGCCAAGAUCCUGGUUGGAGAUCCUCAUCAGCAGAUCUACACAUUCAGAGGAGCUAUCAAUGCCCUGAACUCUGCCCGCCACACACACAUAUACUACCUGACACAGAGCUUUCGAUUUGGUGCUGAGAUCGCCUAUGUGGCUGCCUCCCUCCUCAGGGUGUGUAAGCAAGUCGAUAAGAUUCUUGUUGGAGGAAAGCAGAAGGGCAGCGUGUGUGACGAGACGGCGGUCCAGAUUUUAGAGGAUGUCAGGACGGGCAUGAGUUAUUGCCCAGGGAAGACGGCCAUCUUAUCAAGAUGCAACGUCAGUGUUUUCAACAUAGCUGUCGAACUGACGGAUGCCAACCCCCACUGCCGGAUUCAUUUCAUUGGUGAUGUCCAAAAUAUCGGGCUGAAUAGGAUCCUUGACAUCUGGCGGCUGACACAACAACCAGACCCACAUCCAAAAUUUAUCAGGGAUCCCUUAAUUCGCUCUUUUGCAAGGAAAGAUCAAAACGCCACCUUGUGCCUGAGGAAUUACAUCGAGCAGACUACAGAUCAGGAGCUCUCCAGCAAAUUCAACAUCGUUCAAAAAUAUGGACCUAGAAUUCCUGAACUGGUGACACGCCUGAGCAGCUGCUUUGAACAAGACUUUCACAGUGCAGACUUUAUUGUGGGAACAGUCCACAAGGCUAAAGGUCUGGAGUUUGACUCUGUGAUGGUCACUGACGACUUUGUGAAGGUUCCCUCCUCCUGGCACCGUUUGCACCACUUUCCAGUCUUUGAAUUUGUCAACAUUCCUCAUGACGAGUGGAACCUCCUGUAUGUGGCUGUGACUCGAGCUAAGACUACACUGAUCAUCAGUGAGAGCAUCCGCCGCCUCCUCACAGUAGCUGGGGAAUACUACUUAAAGUCAGCGAUGCCUAACUCCCUGAUGAGUGGAGGGGGCGAGCCUCUUCCCUGUUCAGUCUCCAGCUGUCCCAACUGCAUCACACCAGGCUCAGCGUUCGUCAUGAGCAAGCGAGCGAUGAGCUGUACUGACAGUGUGUCAGAAGGCGGCCCGCUGUGCGAGAGGUGUGUGUGGAAACGAAUCGGACCGAUCGCCUUCCUCAUGACUGACGAUGUGCAAUCAAUGGCUGCAAUACCAGACAGACGCCCUAUCCAGUUUGUUUUCUUUUAAUGAUGAUGGACCUGUCUUGUUAUUCAGAGGAGACACCUUUAAAUGUUUCUGUAAAUUUUCUAUUUUUCUCUGUGAGAUAAAUGGCAUUUUACUGUAAUAUACUGUGCAGCUGAGCUCCUCAGCCUCGGACUUUAAAACACUUUAAAACUUUUCUACAUUUAAAUUUC